CGCGCAGCGGCGGCGCCGGGGCGGGCGCGCGUCCGCGGCGGUGAUGGCGGUGCGUGAACGCGCGGCGGCAGCAAUGGCCGCUCUGGAGCGGCGGGUGCCGAGUCUCGAUGACUUCGCGGGACAGAGCUGGAGCUCGUGGGUGGAGCGGGCCGAGCUGCCCGCAGCCGACGGGGCUGAGUUGGAGGAGAGUAACAAAAACCUGAAGAAGUUGGAUGCCAUGACCCUCAUUAAAGAAGACAUGUCCAUCUUCGGGCACUGCCCUGCCCAUGACGACUUCUAUUUGGUUGUAUGUAACCAUUGCAGCCAAGUGGUGAAGCCUCAAGCUUUCCAGAAGCACUGCGAAAGAAGACAUGGGCCGCUCAGCAAGCUUUACGCCCGGGCCCCACCCCCACCUCCAGCCCCUGCCAGCUCUCAGAAAUGCCAUGUAGUGAACGGUCAGGGCCCAGCUUGUAGGGCCCCAGGUUCCAGCAAAACCUCCUCCAGGGAGAAGGGCCAGGGGUCCCGGAGCCGUGGCCACCAGCCUCCAGAGAAGACCCAGAAGGACAACCUCUGCCUUUUCGUGCCUGUGGUGAAUCUGGAAAAGAUGUCCAGUCUCCCGAAGCCUGAUGGACACGGAAUCAGGGUGGCUCCGCCCUCUGCUUUCCUCAGCCAGCCGGCUGGCCUCACCAAGGACUCCCCUGGAAAAAACCCCAUGGCAUCCCCUUCUAAAGAACUUCCUGGCAGAGGGAGCAUCGAGAUAACCCCCAGCGAGGGCUCCAGUCACCGGGCUGAAGGCAGCCCGUCUGAAAAGGAGCCUGGUGGGGCCAGGCUGCCCCCUAAAACCCACCGGAAGAUGGCUCGGAAGGAGUGCGACCUCAACAGGCAGUGUGGGGUAAUAAAUCCAGAGACCAAAAAGAUCUGUACCCGCCUGCUGACCUGCAAGAUCCACUCCGUGCACCAGCGCAGGGAAGUCCAGGGCCGAGCCAAGGACUUUGAUGUGCUGGUGGCAGAGCUGAAGGCCAACUCCCGCAAAGGGGAGUCUCCCAAGGAGAAGAGCCCAGGGCGCAAGGAGGCAGCUCUUGAGCGCCCCUCCCAGGAGCCCCCCUCCUCAGUCCAGGUUGUGGCAGCAGUGGCUGCUCCCAGCAGCACCUUCUCUGCUCGUGCCAAGCAGACCUACCCAUACUGUGCACUGCCCAGGUCCCGGGCCUCCUCUGAGAGUGAGUUGGAUGAUGAAGGCCCUUGUGGUGGUGAUGGGGACCCAGGCCUGUUCCCCUUCCCCCUGCCCCGGGGUGGUGCCCAGGCCUCCAGCGAGGAGAGUGAGGAGGAGGGGACAUCUGAUGACCUCCACCUACCCACUGACUGCCAUUAUGCAACCCGGCCCCCUCGGCCGCAGGCGUUCUGCACCUUUGGGAGCCGGCUGGUGAGUCCAGGAUGCUACGUGUUUAGCCGCCGGCUGGACCGGUUCUGCUCGGCACUGAGCUCUAUGCUGGAACGGCACCUCAGCUCACACAUGUGGAAGAAGAUCCCCCCGGCAGCUGAGCCUCCAUCCCACCUUGUCAGCUCCCCGCCAUCUGCUCCCCUGAGCCCAUCCUCUACGGGCAGCUGCCCCCGCCUUCCAGGCCCACCCCCCAGACCUGCCUGCCCAGCCUCCACGCCCCCCACCAAGGACAGCCUUGGCCCUGGCUACCCUGCAGGCUCCCCCAACGUGGCAGCCGCCUGCAGCCAGGCGGAGUGCAUGGGUGGGAGCCAGGCUAUCACCUCACCACUGCCUGCCAACACACCUUCCCCGUCCUUCAGCAAGCUCCCACCUUCCAAGGCCAGCAAGUCAUCCAAAGGCAAGGACGGGCUCGAGGUGGAGGCUCCUUCUCGAAAGCGAAAGUUAUCCCCUGGGCCCACCACUUUCAAACGGACCUGCGUCCUGGAGCCCACUGGAAAAGGCAAACCCUCUGGCUGCCGGGGCCUCUCGGCCAAGACUAAAACAGGCCUGGGCAUGGGGCUUAAUGGGACGGUGGAGCCAAGAGUGAAGCGGGCAGGGCCCCUGGACUGUCGGGGUUCCCCUCAUCAGCCCCCCACGCCAGUCAAGGCUUCUCAGCUGGACAACCAGGGAGCGGCUGGACACCCGGCCAAGGCCCUGCCGACCAACUGCCUCUCUGAGGAGGAGGUAGCCAAGAAGCGGAAAAACCUGGCCACUUACUGCCGGCCAGUGAAGGCCAAGCACUGCCAGGCUGGUGCCCCUGCCGACGCGGCCUGCUCUGUGCGCCGCAAGAAGCCGGGUCCAGCCCUGGCCUUUGAGGAGAAGUGUUCUACACUGAAGUCAAAAGCCCAUUAACAAGAAAGUGCCUGCCCACUGCGAUGGAGCCGCCAGCACCUCCUCCCCUCCAGAUCCGGGCCCCAGGCUGCUGCCGCUUUUUAUAACUUUAUAUUAUUUUUUUUAAGAAAAAAAACUCUUUAAAAUACCUCAAGACUGUCUCCCUGUUCUGUUGCUGCUAAGAAAAUAUAAAAACAGAAACGUAGAAAAGGAAGGAAA